AUGUUGUCAUCAGUGCCCAUUUGUGCUGCUCUCCGGUCCAAAAGCAACGGCAAGUACCUGCGCUACUCUGCGAACGACGGCAACGACGCGGCCAACAGCCAGCUCCUUCGGCUCAUCGGCGACGACGCUGAGAGCCCGCUCUCGAGGUUCUACGUCGAGCCGUCGUCCAAGAAUGACGGGCUUGUUCAUAUCAGGUGCAGCUACAACAACAAAUACUGGGUCGCCCAGCAGGGGCAUGCUGACGAAUGGAGGAUCGCCGGCAGCGCCGACACGCCAGAGGAGGACCUGUCCCAGCAGUCAUGCACGCUGUUCCAGCUCAAGCAUGUUCUUUCAUGCUCGGCUGAGGAAAUAUGCUGGCAUUUUUCCUCUGACUCGAAAUGGGCAAACGAGAGCAACCAAGACUUCUUGUGCAUGGGAGACGAAGAACAAUCUGAACAAUUUGUUCUUGAGCUGUUCCAAUGGAUGUUGCCCAAAUAUGUGUGCUUCAAGGGUGAUAAUGGCAAGUACCUCAGCGCACAGUCACUACACAACAAACCAUUUCUGGUCUUUGAAUCCGAGGAUAUCAAUGAUCCAACCGUGAGGCACACUACCACGGCCAGUAGAGAUGGUACCAUAAGGAUAAAAUCUGAUCACUUCGGACGGUUCUGGAGGAACUCUGGCAGCAGCGGCACAGGGUCAUGGAUACAUGCAGACUCCACCGACGACACCAGCAACAACGACGACCCCAACACACUGUUCCAAGCGUUUUAUACCGGUGGAGCAAUUGGGAUUCUGAACCAAGGAAGCAACCAGUACUGCAAGAGGCUAACGACGAAAAACGUGGAGCACGGCCUCUCUGCUACCGGAACUCGGUUUGAGGCGUGGUCCAGACUGCAGUUCGAAGAGCCUGUCGUAUCCCGGGAGAUCGACCACGUCCAUUUCAAGGACGUGCAGGCGGUGAUCGUCGGCGACGACAGGUACACUGCUCUCGCGACGGCGUCGGUCACCAACACCACCUCGUCGACCAUGCCCGCCGUGAAGCUCGCCUUGGAUUACACGCUGGAGGAGACGUGGGGAUGGUACUCCACGGUGACGCUCAAGUCGCCAGUCCGGACCUCCAUCACCUCGCCGUUCGUGUACGUGCAGUACAGCUUCCUGGCGAUGUCGCCGCGGUUCUUCCACGGGCUCAUCAGCUGGGGAGCCGACCACAAGAAGCACUCCAAGGUGAGUGAAGAGUACGUCGUUGACGUGCCGCCGAUGACUAAGGUGACAGUAACCUGCCAGGGAGUAGCGGCCAGCUUUGAGGUGCCCUUCUCGUACCGGCAGACUGACAAACUGAUAGACGGAGAGGUGGUCACCCUUCAAUACGAUGAUGGCAACUUCUCCGGUCGGAAUGUCCACAGUAUCUAUUACGUGACCAGAGAAGAAAAGAUUGGUCAGUAA